AUGGCAAACCAGAGAGUGAGAGUGGAGGAGAGUGUUUUCUCAGUCGACAGGGCUCUACUGACAAGGAACUGUGAAUACUUCCGAGCUCUCUUCCAAUCGGGAAUGAGAGAAUGCGAGCAGGAAGAAAUUCACGUAAAGGGACUGCGUGCCCGUGGGUUCAUGGUCACCCUCAGCGUCCUCAAUGGUGAGCGACCCAUUCUGAACAGUGAAGAGAUCAUUGAGGCUAUAGAAUGUGCUGCAUUUCUUCAUGUGGAUGCUCUAACAAAACAUCUUAUUAAUAUAAUUAAUUCUGAUAACUGUUUGCUCAUGUACCACACAGCGGCCAUCUAUGGCCUGUGGGAGCUUUACCACAGUGCAGCUUUGUUCAUCCGAGACAUGUACUCUGAGCUGAAAGACGAUGUAAGGUGUUUGCCGGAUGAACUCUUAGAAUAUGUGGAAUCUCUGGUCCCUAAUACAUAUGUGACUGUUGGAACACACUCUCCAUCUAUCAAAUUGCUACAAGACUGCCAAAGAACAGUUUGUUACUUGGAUGAAGAUGAGAAGGACUGGAAAGUUUUGACUGAUUUACCUGUUGAUGCUAGCACAACCAUGGCUGGGGUGACAGUCCUCAACAACAAGCUCUACAUUGUUGGAGGUGUGCGUGAUGUGACCAAUCAAGUGGCGGAAUCCUGCUACUGCUAUGACCCUGCACUUGACAACUGGAGCACGUUUAUGGGCCCUCAGCAGCAUCGAUACAAUUUUACACUGGUGGGACAUGAGGAUUGCCUUUAUGCCAUUGGUGGAGAAUACGACAGAACCACCAUGUCAUCGGUGGAAAGGUACAACCUCUCAACUUGCACCUGGUCCUUUGUGUCCCAUCUACCUCGGCCUGUGGCCAGUGCAGCAUGCACCAAGGCCAUGAACAGGAUGUUUGUGUGUCUGUGGAGGCCCAUGGAUGCCACGGAUAUCUAUGAGUAUGUUCCUGCUGAAGACAGAUGGGUGCUCAUUACAACACUGAUACGCCAGCAGAGCUAUGGCCACUGCAUGGUGGCUCAUAAGGACAACCUUUACGUGAUGCGAAAUGGACCCUCCGAUGACUUCCUGAGAUGCAUGAUGGACUACUACAACCUCACUACGGGGCAGUGGACAGCCAUGCCUGGCCAGUAUCAAAACAGUAAAGGUGCCCUCUUUACUGCUGUUGUGAGAGGCGACUCUGUGUUCACAGUUAACCCAAAGAUGACACUGGAAUAUAUUAUUGAGGAGAAGAAAUGGAAGCCAAAGACAGAAAUGAAUGGCUUUCCCAGAAUUGGUUCCAUGUGGACAUUUUUGCUGAGGCUGCCGAAAAUGGGCAAACCGCCACGGGGUCACGGAGUCCUGAAUGGGUAUGAGCAGAAUUUAGAGAACAAUGUGUAUUGUGAAAAAUCACCCUCUUUACAAUGUGCUGAUUGA